GCGCUGCGUGAAGAACUGCCUGGCGUCAGGAGGCCCGAGCAGCAGCGGCGCCGCCCAGCCGCUGCAGCCGCCGUCAUGAAGGCCGUAGUGCAGCGCGUCACCCGGGCCAGCGUCACAGUUGGAGGAGAGCAGAUCAGUGCCAUUGGUCGGGGCCUCUGUGUGUUGCUGGGUAUUUCUGUGGAAGAUACACAGAAAGAAUUGGAGCACAUGGUCCGAAAGAUUUUAAACCUGCGUGUGUUUGAGGAUGACAGCGGGAAGCACUGGUCGAAGAGUGUGAUGGACAAACAGUAUGAGGUGCUGUGUGUCAGCCAGUUCACUCUCCAGUGUAUCCUCAAGGGUAACAAGCCUGACUACCACCUGGCCAUGCCCACAGAACAGGCUGAGGGCUUCUACAACAGCUUCCUGGAGCAACUGCGAAAGGCGUACAGGCCGGAGCUCAUCAAAGAUGGCAAGUUUGGUGCCUACAUGCAAGUUCACAUUCAGAAUGAUGGGCCUGUGACCAUAGAACUGGAAUCCCCGACCACUGGCACCACCAUCUCAGAUCCAAAGCAGCUGUCAAAGCUUGAAAAACAGCAGCAACGGAAAGAAAAGACUAGAGCCAAGGGGCCUUCUGAAUCAAGCAAAGAAAGAAACACUCCUCGGAAGGAAGACCGCAGUGCCAGCAGUGGGGCAGAAGGGGAUGUGUCCUCAGAGCGGGAGCCGUAGGCAGAAGAAACUGCGAACUCAG